GACUGAAAGAGACAGAUUUGCAGCACAGUACCGUUAGAUAAAACUUAUGAGACACUAGUGACAGAAUGAGCCAGGAAUGUAGCACAAGGUUACAAAGUGCAACCAGAGAAAAACUCAGGAAGUUUGAUUCUCUGCGCGCUGGAGAGGUGCAGCCCGGUGAGUUUUGGGACGUGGUGGUGCUGACAGCUGUGGAUGAGAAGCAGAGAGAAGCCUAUGAGCUGCAGAUCAGAGAGAAGCUGCUCAGAAAAGAGCUUCCGGUCGGAGUUCAAUACAAAGUGUUCGCAGACCCGCCUGGAACUAAAAUAGGGAAUGGAGGCUCCACUCUGUAUGCCCUGCAGCAGCUGAAUGAAGUCUAUGGGAAGACUCUGUGCAGACUGAGGGUCAUCCUCAUCCAUGCAGGAGGGUUCAGCCAGCGCAUGCCGAGUGCCAGCGCUCUGGGGAAGAUCUUCAUGGCCGUGCCUCUGGGGGACCCUCUCUACCAGAUGCUGGAGCUCAAACUGGCCUUAUAUGUGGAUUUCCCGUCUCAGAUGAAGCCCGGUGUGCUGGUGACCUGCGCGGACGACAUCGAGCUCUACAGCACCUCAGAGGACGAGAGGGUUAAGUUCGACAAACCUGGCUUCACCGCAUUAGCCCACCCCUCCCCACUCUCUAUCGGGACCACCCAUGGAGUGUUUGUGUUGGAUUCAAAAGAAAAAUCGUCUAAUUCUGAAAUGGAAAACACCUCCUGCCUGCGCUUUCUGCACAAACCGAGCGUCGAUAAGAUGCGUGACACCGGGGCUGUUUGUAAAAGGCAGAGUGGUUGUUUUGUGCUUUCUGACGCUGAGUUUGCCUACACAGACAGCACCUAUUACAUUGAUUUUAAUACAGCGAUGUCUCUUCUCAAUCUGCUGAAGGAGUUAGGGCCUUUGGACUGUGAGGUGGACGCUUACGGAGACUUCCUCCAAGCACUGGGUCCUAACGCCACCAUAGAUUACACCAACAACACUGCGAAUGCCACCAAAGAGGAGAGCAGUCUAGUGGCAAUCCGCCAAAAGAUCUUCCAUCAUCUAAAAGGAACUCCUUUGAAUGUUAUCCUCUUGAACAACUCCAAGUUUUAUCACAUUGGAACCACGUCAGAGUACCUGUUUCACCUCACGGAGGAUGUGAUGCUGAGGACUGAGCUGGGUCUCCUGUCCUCUGCAUUCAGCGUGGAUAUGAAGGAAAACUCAGGAUGCUGCGUUAUGCACAGCAUCCUGGACCCCAGUGUCUCUGUGGGAGCUGGGUCAGUGGUGGAAUAUUCCAGACUGGGAGCAGGAGCUUCUGUAGGUGUUGGCUCCAUCGUAAGCAGCUGCUGGAUCCCUGCAGGACUCUCAGUGCCCGAUAGCGUCUUCAUGCAUUCCCUGUGUGUGAAUCACAAGCAGAAAACCAGGUUUGUAACCGUCGUCUUUGGCAUAAACGACGACUUGAAGCGCAGCGUGAAAGCCCCGGCGUUUAUGGAAGAUUUGAAUCUGUUUGGUGUCAGCGUCGCAGAGUCUUUGUCUCGCUGGGGGCUUGAGAACGAAGCCCUGAGGUUCUCCGGUGAUGCUUCAAACUGUAGUUUGUGGAGCGCUUGUUUGUCUCCUGUUUGCUCGGAUCAACAGAGCUCCUUUUCACUGACUCUGGAGAUGCUGCAGGCCGCGCUGAGUGGCUCUACUUUCACUUUACCCAGAGACACAAAGCUGAUGUCCAUGCAGGAGGCCUUACAGUGUAAAGACCUGCAGCAGAUGUUGGAGUUCAGAACAGGACUUUACGAAGACAUCAAACAGAGGAAACCUACCAACUGAAGACUUUAAUUCAGAUUAUGAGACUGUUUAGGUACCAGAAAACAUUGAUUGUGCUGUAAAUAAUUUAUUUAUGGUAGGAUUUUUUGAUUAUCAAAUGAUUGUUUCAACAGUGUGAAGAGCUGAUAUGGAUUUAGUCAUCUGAUUCACUUUUUAUGAAGUUAAUACUUACAUUUUUUUUAUUUAAAUAUAGCUUUCUGGUGAAGCGUUAAUCAACACUGUGCUAGAUUAACAUGCCCUAAGUCUUGUUAUAGUGUGAGACAAUUAUAUUGCUUUCAAAUAUACCUUUUUUUUUACAGUCAAGUGUGUCCAAUAACAUUAUUAGUUUCCAUAUUGUAUGGACUCAUUAUCGUUGCUUUUUUUCGAGAAUGACACGUCAACAUGUCUGCAAUAUGAAGACAUGAGAAAAUAUACUAAAAUAUCCAAAUACUUUAUAUAUUUUUCAAUGUCACACACAGUCACAGUGAUACACGGCUGCUUGCAUUUGGAGGGAGAUCGGUUGUCGUAGUUGUUGGGCAUUCCACUCUAAGGAGUUUAUUUUUAGCCCUCAGCCAUGAUCCGUGCUUUAUCUGGACCUGUGUGAUAGUGGCUCAGAGAGAUUGUAUUACUGCUUUACCAAACAAUACAGCACACAUCACAGGAGAAGAGACGCCUGAUCAAUGGGAAACUACAAAUCCAGACCAUCGCAGACAUGCACAGGUAAAGGACGGUGUGUUUGUCAUAGUUUUAUUAAUAUUAUAUGUAUCGACAGGACUGAGAAAGAGAUUUUAAAUGAAGAAGGAAAGCCUGGCGGUUUGUGUGGCUGCCAUUACUCAGCAAUACAAACACUGACAUGUACAAGCCAUUAAAAAAAAACAAGUGAUUGAUAAAGAUUAUAUGUAGGGCUUAAAAACUGUUGUUUGCACUAUUUGAUACAUGUUCAUUAAGAGAUAUUUCUGCAAAUGGAAAAUAAAAGCAUUCUAUAUCAGA